AUUAUGUCGUUUAAAGCAUGUAGAAAAGAAGAGAAGGAGUGAAUAAGACGUUCCUCUAAGACAAAUUGAUCAACUCAGCCAUCUCAGGCUGCGCGACACAAAGUAGAAAGAUCCUUCAAAGAGAGGCAUGGGGUGAUUAUACCUAGUCCACGGAUCAUCGAGUAAACUUCCUUUUCGCGUUACCAAUCUACCCAAGGUUGAUAGAUGCCGCCUCUGCACGAUGACCCGUUGCUCCAGCGGCACAAACUACCACGACAGUACAUCGGAAUGUUUGGGGAACCGGAAGGCAGUGACCCUGGGCCAUCCCUUAGUCGGUGGGAUCACCGGUUGCGAAGGUGGAGGAGGUGCGGCGUUGUCAAUUUGUGGAGCAAAGCCAGCCGUUUCUGGAGGCGCUUUUCUGCAUCAGUCCGCCCCUUGGGCUGUCGAAGGGCUGUCAGUGGCGCCCUAGUGGCGCUGGUGCCAGCCUACCAAGAGCUUAGAAAAGCUCCAAGGCUGUAGUUCAAGAUGAGCUCAUUACAUUCUCAGAAACCAAGACGAAGAGGUCGUGAUGAUUGAUU